AUGAAGCUGUAUCGAGAGCCAUACUGCUCGCCAGUGAGAGAAUGGAAUGAAACAGUCACAAACGAUGGCUUCCUACGGUAUCUGGGCUUCUUCAACGCCGAAAGAAUAGUUCUCACCUCUCCCGAUGCCCUUCAUGAAGUUCUCGUCACCCAGAACUACUCUUUUCCGAAGCCUGCUAGCUUGAGAGAAACGGCAGGGCGAUUCUUAGGAAUAGGUCUUAUCCUGUCUGAAGGAGAUGCCCAUAAGCUGCAGAGAAGAAGCUUGAAUCCUGCUUUCGCACCGAGAAAUAUCAAGGCUCUGUAUCCACUAUUCUGGGAUAAAACCAGAGAGAUGGUCGAGAGAAUCACAGCUGAUAGGCUUGAGACUGUGGAGGUAGUAGAGUGGGCUUCGAGAAUAACUCUGGACCUGAUCGGUGUAGCUGGUCUAGGUCGGGACUUUGGAGCCAUACAAGAUGCGAAGAGCGAGAUGGUGGAGACAUAUAAUAUCGUGUUUCAACCAUCAGCUCAAGCACGUAUGCUGCACCUUAUCGAGAGUCUGGUUCCAGCUUGGGUUCUUACAGCUUUACCUAUUAAGUUUAACUCAGACAUGAGCCAGGCAGCCCGAUUAAUACGCGAGACGUGUAGAGAUAUAAUCUCUUCGAAGCAGAAGAAGUUGAAGGAGAAGAAAUUAGAUGAUAUGGAUAUCAUCUCUGCGGCAAUAUGGACUGGGACGUUCACCGAGGAUGGACUCAUUGAUCAAGCCAUGACGUUGCUUGCGGCUGGACAUGACACCACAGGAGCAGCGUUUACAUGGGGCAUCUACCUCCUCGCCAAACACCCGGAAGUCCAAAACCGACUGCGCCACGAAAUCCGCCAACGUCUCCCUCCCCUAACCCAAGCGAAAGAAUUCCCCAUAUCAAGCGUCAACAUCGACUCAAUGCCCUAUCUCCAAGCCGUCUGCAGCGAAAUCCUCCGCUUCUACGCCCCCGUUCCGCAAACUCUCCGCGAAGCAGCCCACAACACAACCAUCCUCGAUCAAUCCAUCCCCAAAGGGACACGCAUCGUCAUAGCACCAUGGGCUACAAACCGCUGCUCUAAACUGUGGGGUAACGAUGCACAUUUGUUCAGGCCAGAUCGAUGGUUGGGUGAGAGUGCGCAUGGAGGUGCAGAGAGUAAAUAUGGGUUUUUGUCGUUUUUGCAGGGUCCGAGGGCGUGUAUUGGACAGGGGUUUGCGAGGGCUGAGUUGGCGUGUUUAGUGGCGGGGUGGGUUGGGAGUUUUGAGUUUGAGUUGAGAGAUAGAGGGUUGAUGGAUGAGAGGAAUGUUGAUGUUAAGGGGGGACUUACAGCCAGACCGGCUGGUGGGUUGCAUGUGAAGGUUAGAAAAUUAGAAGAGUGGUAG